AUGCUUACGCGUUUAACUGUUGACUACGGCCUGGGCCCAUACAUUGCCACUUAUUGCAUAUUGUUUGGUAUCGGCAUGGGAGUCCCCUACUCACUUAUCUUCUCCAUUGCAUCGUCGUGGUUCCCACAACAUCGUGCAACUGUGGUGGGGAUUAUUUCAUCAGGCUUCGGUUUGGGUGCCCUGGUCUUUACACCCAUUCAGACCGCCAUCAUUAAUCCAAAUAACCUGAGCCCAAAUGGAACCAAAUUUCCACCUUCUGUUGAGGAGAAAAUCCCAUCAGUGUUCCUGAUCCUUGGUGGCAUCGUUCUCGCGCUUGAAGUGAUUGCAUGCAUUUUGCUGCAUCAAAAACCCGAGCAGGACAAGACUUCAAAGGCUCUCCAGGGUGGUGACAACGAAAUGGUUGAUCGGACGACAGGUUACGCCAAGGUUGACGUCGACGGUGAUGAUGACAAACACGUUUGUGAAAUGGGCGACAAGACGACUACCGAUGCUCCACGAGUUCCACGAAGUUACACUACCCUCGAGGCGCUGAAGUCGGUGGAUUUCUACUUGCUGUGGACCAUCGUGUUCUUCGAUAUCAUCCCCGUUGUUCUACUAACAUCGACCUUCAAGGUGUAUGGAAUACGAAGCAAAUUCGACGACCAGUUUCUUUCCGCAAUCGCCACCACAAGUGCGGCUUUCAACUGCAUUGGACGCGUGUUCUGGGGAUUCGUGGUGGACCAUCUGUCGUCGAAGUGCCCUCUGAUGACCUUCCUGCUGCUGUGGGCUGCUCUCUUCAUCACCUUCCCCUACGUGGCAGCCAACGAGGCGGGGAAGUACCUCUACGCCAUCUGGGUGUUCGGCCUGUUCUUC